UAUUGAGACAUUUCACUUUUCACAGAGAAGGCAACAAAGACUUUUAACUACAACAUGGGGGUGUUGAAAGCGCAGACUUUCUUUCAUAUAACCCUUUUUGUCCUUAUGGUUUCGUCAAGUUUGGCGCAAUAUUCAUCGCAACCGGAAGUUUGCACCCCAAGUGAUAACUUCGGGCGAUAUUGUCCCACAACAUGUGGAAUCGCAGAUUACCUACAGCGAUACAAACCCAGCGUUGAUGAGGAUCUUAAAUACUUGGAGAAUUUACUAACCCAGAUAUCAAAUUUAACUAAAGGGGCACAGGAAACUGUAGUAUACAUGAGAGACUCCAGUACAGCUGCGCAAAAGUCUUCACCAGAUAGUUACAUAAAAAAAUCAAGCAGCAUGUUGGAUGAUAUUCUGCGAUUUGAGAAGAGUAUUGUCUAUCAGGAGGGACAGAUAUAUGAGCUCCAAAAUAUUAUAGAUUCAAAUGACAAGAGAAUUUUGCAACUCAAACAAAUGGCUCUCAACCUUGAGCAAUCUUGUAAACAGCCCUGCAAAGAUACUGUUGAGAUUCAACCAACUACUGGAAAAGAUUGCCAAGACAUUACCAACAAAGGUGCCAGGGUCAGCGGUCUGUACUUUAUCAAACCAGUAAAAGCAAAAGAACAAUUCUUGGUUUACUGUCAAAUAGACAGAUUUGGGAAUGGUUGGACAGUCCUUCAAAGGAGACGUGAUGGCUCUGUGAAUUUCUUCAGGAACUGGAUUCAGUACAAAGAGGGAUUUGGUUACUUGACUCCAGAUGAUACGUCUGAAUUCUGGAUUGGGAAUGAAAAAAUUCAUCUGAUUUCCACCCAGUCCAGUAUUCCAUAUAUUCUAAGGCUUGAGAUGACAGACUGGAAUGGCCAGACAAAACAUGCAGACUACGCAAUGUUCAAAUUAGCCCCCGAGGCAGACAAGUAUCGCCUGACUUAUGCUUAUUACUAUGGAGGUGAUGCCGGUGAUGCCUUUGAUGGUGUUGACUUUGGGGAAGACCCCAGUGACAAGUUCUACACUUCUCAUAAUGGGAUGCAGUUCAGUACCUUUGACAAUGACAAUGACAAGUACCCGGGCAACUGCGCUCAACAGGAUGGCUCAGGCUGGUGGAUGAACCGGUGCCAUGCUGCCCAUCUCAAUGGCAAAUACUACACAGGUGGAAGGUAUACAAAGGAAGAUGCUGGGGAACACGGUUUUGACAAUGGCAUAAUCUGGACAACAUGGCACGAUCGCUGGUACUCCUUUAAAGAAACCACAAUAAAGAUAAUUCCUAUUAACCGCAUGACUGCUGGCGGUGGACAGCAGCAGACUGGUGUGAAACAAGGACUGGGUGACAUCUAAAGGACCAGUUACAAUAGGCCCUGCUAUUUCCCAGUGAUUAACUGAACAACACCACGUCUUCCUUUUCACUUCAUUGUAGACCGGAUUUGCUUUUGUUAAACCAUUUUAAAAACAGUUUAAUUUGGUUUUGAAUACCUGGAUGUCUGAUAAAUAAACCUGUCUUUUUUUAAGUUUAAA